AUGGUCGCAGGUCUAGAGUCCAACCCAGAAAUUCUUCUUCGCAAGCGUAGAAACGCUGAUAGAACCCGUUUGGAGAAACAAGAGCUGGCGCAACAGCGUAAACAACAGCAACAGAAACAGAAACGGGCGCGCAAAAACAAGUUCGAAAGAGCAGAGACACUCGUGGCGACUUCUUUGGCUACGGAGCGCGAAAAGGAGCGCAUCAAACGUGUGUCGAAGCUGGAGGCCCAGCGGGCCAAGGGUGAGACGCAGCAUCUACCCUCGAGCCGCGAUUUCAUCCUCAAGGUCCGCGACAGUAGUGACGGUGAACAUGAAGACGACGAGAUCGACGGCGAUGAGGACGCCACCUCGUUGCACUCCGAGAAAUGCAUAUACGACGGCAAGCCCACACUGCUCUUUGUGCUACGUAUUCGUGGUCCUACCGCAGCCAAGAUCCCACAGAAGGCUCAUAAAGUGCUAUCGUUGCUAAGACUUUCGGAAAUUAACACUGGUGUGUUUGUACGUCUUUCCCCCCAGGUCUACCCGCUACUGAAAUUGGUGGCUCCCUACGUGGUCAUCGGAGAGCCUUCGCUGGCCUCUGUCCGCUCAUUGAUCCACAAGAGAAGCCGGGUGCUCCUGACACCAUCUGACGGCGGCGAAGCCAGAGAGGUCAUUCUUAACGACAAUAACGUUGUCGAAGAGGCUCUUGGGUCCGAGGGUAUCAUCUGUGUCGAAGACAUCAUUCACGAGAUUGCCACUUUGGGCGACGGUUUCGUCAAGUGCAAUUUCUUCCUUCUUCCGUUCCGUCUCAGCAGGGAAGUCUCGGGUUUCAGUGCCAUCAGCAAACUGCACAAGAUCAGACAAAGAGAAUGGCAAAAACGUGCAUUGAAAAUGUCCAAUGCAUCCACAGCUCCAGUUGUUCAAGUGGACGUCGACAAUUUGAUUUCCAAGCUCAACUAG